AUGGGCUCAAUCGGGCACCGUCCCACGAUUUACCUCCUCGAGCAAUUCCCGCCUGCAGCGGUUGCGCACUGUCAGUCACUCUUCAAUACUGUGCUUCCAACCGAUCCCGAGGUCAACAACUGGCGCGAAAACGCAACGGCGAUCCUUGUCCGCGAAUUGACCAUCUCAGCCGAUGAUAUAUCGCAAGCAAAGAAUCUCAAGGCGAUUGGCAAGCAAGGUGUGGGCAUUGACAUUAUCAAUCAAGAGGCCUGUGCCAAAAGGGGUAUACCCAUUCUCAAUACACCAGGAGCAAAUGCACAGUCAGUCGCCGAACUGGUCCUAUCCUUGACAAUGGCGGUCGCACGACAACUGCGAACAAUCGUUGUAAACCAGGCAGCAGAUAUCAAAGUCCGCAAGGAGCAUUGUUCUGGCACAACUCUUCAAGGGAAAACUGUCGGCAUCAUUGGCAUGGGUAACAUUGGUUUGGCAGUAGGGAGGAUAUUCCGGGGUGCAUUCAACUCUCCAAUUUUUGCAUAUGAUCCGUUUGCGCCAAAGGAUGCAUGGCCCGACCUUGACCAUAUCAGAGUUGAUAACAUUGACGAUAUGCUGCCGCAUGUGGACGUUCUGACUCUGCAUCUGCCUCUGACUCCAAAGACCCGCAAUUUCAUAGCCGCGCCCCAGAUUCGAAAGAUGAAACAGAGUGCGAUUCUCAUCAAUGCUGCACGCGGUGGUAUUGUGAACGAGGAGGACUUGAUAGCCGCAUUGAAUGAAGGGGCGCUGUAUGGCGUCGGAUUGGACUGUCACGACGAGGAACCACCAACGUUGGGAAGAUAUAGCAAGUUAUGGGCCACUGGGCGGGUCAUCAGCACACCCCACAUUGGGGCCACAACCAGCGAGACCCAGAUUCACACCGCUACAACGGCGCUGAAUAGGGUCUAUGACUAUUUGAUCAAAAGCCAGGCCGAUUAG